GGUUGGCUUGCAUGAGGGCAACUUUGUGUAACAUGGAUGUACUAUGAUGGCAUCACGCCUUAUUUCAAAGAAGUUUGCACUUCUUUUUGUUAUUUUUAUUAUCAUUGUCCUUAUUUUAUUGAUUUGGACAAAUCAAGGUGCGAACUACCCAAAGCUGCCUUCUACUGUAUUAAAGGACAAAAAUGCUGGAAAUGCAUUCAAUGACGUUCGAUUUGAAGAUAUUAACGCCGUGGUGCCGUACGAGACGUUCACCCUGGAGGAGCGUUACACCGUGGACCUCCGGCCCGACUUCACCACGGCCGUGCCGCUGCUGGAGCUGGAGAAGGAGAACGUCCUCACACUCAUCAGAGAGGCCAUCCGGGACGGACAGCCGGUGAUGGGCGGCGCGGUGGCGGAGCGACACUUUCAAUACGGCAUCAGUCGUCACCUGGCCGGCCUGGGCGAGGAGUACACCCUUGUCUUCCGCACCGGCGUCGACGUCUUCACGGCGCGAGUCUACCGACCGCUCAAGGACCCUGUGGUGACUGUGCAGCGGCACGAGCGGCUGCGGGACCUGCCGGUGCACAUUGUGAUGCCGCUGCGGGGCCGGCUGCAGCCGCUGGAUGUGUUCCUGGACAGGCUGGGCGCCAUCAUCGACAGCGGCGACAACGUCCACCUGACGGUGGUGGCGUUCCCGGACGGCGCCAACGGCACGGCACCGGUCGGCCAGCUGCUGCGCCGCUGGAAGCACGCCGCGCGCGCCCAGCUGGUCGCCGAGACGGGCGCCUUCUCCCGCGGCCGGGCGCUGAUGCGCGGCGCCGCCGCCAUCAACGUCGACCCGGCGACCGAUCCGCUGCUCUUCCUGUGUGACGUGGACAUGGAGUUCUCGGCGGUGGAGCUGGAGCGGUGUCGCGUGCACGCGGAGCCCGGCCGCGCAACCUACUAUCCGGUCGUGUUUAGCCAGUACAACCCGCGGCUGCGCCAGGCGCUACGCCAGUCGGGCCGCUGGCCGCCGGAGCCACCCGUCUCGGACGACACGGGCCACUGGCGCUACUACGGCUACGGUAUGUCGUGUCAGUACCGCUCCGACUUCGCGGCUGCCAGCGGCCAGUUUCUGGACGUCUCCGGCUGGGGCGGCGAGGAUGGAGAGCUGUACAGACGCCACCUGCGCCGUCUGCGCGUCGUGCGCGCCUACGACGACGACCUGGUGCACGUCUACCACGGCAAGGAGUGCAGUGAGCGCCUCUCGAGCGACCAGUACCGCUCCUGCGUGCGCUCCAAGAUCGUCAACGAGGGCAGCAAGGUGCAGCUGGGACUGCUGGCUCUGAGCGCCGCUGGUGACGUCGGUCCGAAGGCGUACGGCCUGUUCUACCUGCCGUGGUUCCUGCGGCCCGGUGGCUGGGCCACGCUGGCCUCUGGUAUCCUCCUGGCCCUGUCCCUGGCGCUCAACGUGUGGCAGUACCGGAGAACGGCAGGCGCCCGCACCAGGUAGGCGACUGUGAUCCUCCAGGGGGCGUCCGACUCAGUCAGAUAUUAGCUGGCGUCAGCGUAUCACGGUGCAUUAUGGUGCAAUUUACUCGGUGUGUGCGUCCAACAUGUUGGGAAGGGAGUGAAGCUGCUAUCCGUACGCGUCCUUGGCGAGGGUGAUAUUAUUUGCCGCAAAAUGGUGUGUUGUUCGUUUAAAUGUUGCGUAAAAAGACCGGUGUGCUAUUCUGCAUUUAAUGCUUCAAAAGCAGCAUAGUGUUAUUAAUUUAGUCCCCAGUGAUCUCCAGUCGCCAUUCAAACUUUGGGAUUUUUGUCUUUUUUCCACUUUUCUGGUUAGUUCUUAUAAGUUUAUGAAGAUAUCGGCCUCAAAAUUUCAAUUGCCCUCCCUCGCAUCAGUUCUGAACAUGCUGGCCAAAGGAACUGAUGGCUGCUAAUACGUUGACCGAAUAUUGCGUAAUAAAGACAGUUUAUGGCGUUUUAGAUCCAAAGAUUGUAUUACCAGAAAUCACUCUGGUGCUCUUUUAAAGAGAUAAUUCUCUAACUAAUGCUUGAAUGAGCUUUUUCACGCUGGCUCGGAUUUCCAGCAUUUUUUUUUUCUCGAGAAUCGCCAAAGUUUUCUCAUCUGAUUUGGCUCUAGUGACAUUUACAACAUUCGGCCGAUACUUUAGGUACCCUUUCUACUGAAAGGUCUACCCAGUAGUUUCGUUGAUGACCGAGAACAAAACAGCCUUUACCCUAGGGCCUAGGAAGGCGCAAUACGGAACUAUCCCAGGAAGAGCGCCAAUCAAUGAAUGCAAACAACUUUGGCAUUCCCCCAUGCUUUCGCAGUUGCCGCCGCCGUGAAGAGUGUACUAUUGAAACCAAAGUACUUCCUACUUAGUCUUACAGGGUCAUUUUCGUGAGACUUUUCGCGUGAGUGAGAUCGAUCAGGUUGGCUCGGUGGUGCCCUUCAUUUAUUGGGGUUGCACGCAUGUACCGCAUCAUGUUCGUUCCAGUCAGCACAUGUUAUGCAUUGUGCCUUCACUAUGUGGAAUUGGAUAGUUGUAUAAGCUUGGUGCACAAACUUACAGUCAUUAGUGUAACAAUAUUGUAACAAUACAUUUAACUUGUCCUA